CCUUUACAAAACCCUAAUUUUUAAAUCAGAAACCUAACCCAACACUAAUUACACUCGCGUGAAUACAGAGAGAGGAAACGAAAGAAAGAAAGGAAAAGAGAGAAGUGGGGGCUCGGAGAAGAAGGAGAGGGAAGAAAGAAGGGAUGACACCGCCUAGGAUCGCCAUCAUCGUUGUCGCCGGGAGAGAGGGAAGAGCUGCGUCCGAGACAGGGAGAACCAGAGGGACCAUCGCCGCCAUCAUCGUGCGUCGCCAUUGAGCACACGGACGAAAGGGAGACACGAGCAGUGAGCGAGAGGAAGCUUCGUCCUCGUCGUCGUCGCUGAAAGUGCACCGUCGAUUAGGGCAAGACGAAGAGGAAUGCGAACGACCAGAGAAAAGGGAAGAAGAAGAACGCAUGGUGGUGGGUGUUUUCCUUGCCGUCACCGUCGUAGUUAUUGAAGCUCACCGUCGCCGCCGUGAGAGAUGCUCCUUGCUGGCGCUACUACUGGGGGUUUGGAUAGAAUGGCCCCGUUCUGCCUCUGCCUCUGGGUUCUACAAGUUGCUGGAGUCCUCUGCCGCUGGGAACCAACACUGGAGCUGCCCUAAGCUAGUGCUUUGCUCUUUACUGAAAAGGGUGUUGAUCCAUUCGUUGUUUUAUAGAAUCGUGUGUCGUCAUACAGAUGAAGUCGAAAGCCUUGCUGCGGCCAGGAAAGCUGCUAUAUCCGGUUCAAAUCCUUCAGAUUCUAUUCAGGUUGUAAAUGCAUUACUAACUCAGAUUGACAAGUUAAAAUCAUCUCCAAAUGUGAUAAUCCUAACCACAUCCAACAUAACUACUGCUAUUGGAAAAUCUUUAUGAAGAAGAGAAAGAACUUAAUCACACAAAUUGUGAAGAUCAAAUACUAGAGAGUAAAAAUCACCAAUUUGUGAAGAUGAUGAAGAAUCUAUUUGCUAUUGUAAUAUAUCAAUCUCUUUUCUUUAUGAUUAGAUAUGGUUAUGACUUA